GGCUACGGCGGCCGGCCCUGGCCCCGCCCCCUGGGACGCCGCACCGGUCACCUGACGCGGCUGCGGCCUGAAGAGACACAAGGGAAGUCGCUGUCGCCACAGUCGGAGUCUCCGCCGCCGCCGUCUGGAACAGCCGGGACCCUCCGCCUCGCCUCCCGCGCCAUGCCGUCGGAGAAGACCUUCAAGCAGCGCCGCACCUUCGAACAAAGAGUAGAAGAUGUCCGACUUAUCCGAGAGCAGCAUCCUACGAAAAUCCCAGUGAUCAUAGAACGAUACAAGGGUGAGAAGCAACUUCCUGUACUGGACAAAACCAAGUUCCUUGUACCUGAUCACGUCAACAUGAGUGAGCUCAUCAAGAUCAUAAGGAGGCGCUUACAGCUCAACGCUAAUCAGGCGUUCUUCCUGUUAGUCAAUGGACACAGCAUGGUGAGUGUGUCCACGCCGAUUUCUGAAGUGUAUGAACGUGAGAAGGACGAAGACGGGUUCCUGUAUAUGGUAUAUGCCUCUCAGGAGACAUUUGGAAUCAAAGUGUCUGUGUAAGACUAGAAAAAUGCAUCUGUUCUAGAAUUUUUUUAAGCCCUUACCAAGGAAAAAAAAGGGAUAUCACCAACUGAGAUUGAUCCAUUCAUCCAAUCACAGACCAUCAAAAACAGUAGUGUUCCUGCCUAGGAGUUGUAGGAAGUUGUUUUGUGCUACAAGCAGAAAAAUGGAGCUCCGCAUGAGCACGUUCAGCUUUGGAAAAACCAUUAUUUAACCUAGGCUGUUUUGUUUUCAAAUUUAGAGGUUUAAAAAUAAAAUACUUUGCAUUCUCAGUUGCCGAUAAAAUAGACCUUCACAUUAUUCUAAUGCUCUUUCCCUAUGAGGAACUUGCAACAUAAGCAUCCAGCGAGAAAUUCUUUUCUAGGUUCACAGAACCAGCCAACUUUUUGUAGAAGAGUUUCCACUCAACUAGAGAACUCUCUUUAAGAGGAUCUUGGAACGCAGAAGUUGUCAAGCAUAGCCCCCUUCCCACCCGCCCACAUUGGCCAUAAUAGUGGGCAAAAAGCAGGAAAAAUCGAGGUGGAUAAGAAAACUCUGAACUGCUGCUCAGGGUUCUCGACUCCUAGUGUAGUGUGCCCCAAGUCCAUGCCUGUGCAGUGCCACUGGCGGGGGGGGGGGGGGGGGUUUCGUUUGCUCCUCUAGACAGUAAAGCACCACUGCUCAAUAAGAACCUUGAAUGAUUUAAAAUUUUGGUCUAGUUUCUCAAAGGGCCCAGGGAAGAAAAAUGUGACAUUUCUUCUGGUUUGCAUGUUCUCUGAGAGGUCAAACUGCCAUCUGCUUUGGUAGAGAAACAAGCUGUUCAAGCAGUUUUGUUCCUUAGGUCAGUGGUAGAAACUACAGAACAUGGAAACUAAAGCAUUAAAAUUCAGAUGCACUCCCUCUACCUUUCAGCCUAAAGCUGUAGAUGAUCCAUGUUUUAUGUUGUGUGUGGCUGUUAUGAAAAAGUUCCCACAUUUUUAAGAGUAUUUCAGUUGUCACUGUAGGUCAGAACCGUCCUGGUUCCUCUGCUCAAAGUGCAUGUCAGUUGUGAAAAAAACAGUAACAAAGGAGACAUACACUCUUCGUGGAUAUUAAUGUCAAAAAUUAAACAUUUUCCGAGUUCAACUAGAACCACCAAUGCUUCCUGCUACCUGCAUGGGCUCACUAUUUACUAUUUUUGUGGGAGUAACAGAAAGAUCACAGUCACCUUUAGACUGUACGUGUAACGAGCAGGUUACGUUUCACCUUUGUGUAUUUAGACGUGUGUGGAAUACCCGGACCUGUUAGUGGAAGUUACUUAUUAAUGGGGGGGGAGGGGGGAGGAAUAUUGCUGCAUAUGGGCGCUUGACUCCCCAGCCUUCCGACCAUUCCCACUGCAUGCAUCUGUCCACGUGGCUAACUUUUAAUAUGUGUAUUUUUACAUUAUGUAAAUUCUUAAUCAGCCUGUCUUGUUUAGAUUGUACACAUCAUUAUACCUGACAUUCUUGUAACUCCUGUGUGAUAAGAUUCCUAGAAGAAAUUCAGCUUUUUAAAAAAUACCAUGUGGGAAGGGCGCGACUUCUACCCCACAUUAGUGGGUGGUCACUAUAGGAUCUCUAAGCCAAGUACAUUUUUAAUGAACUAAGGUGAAUAAAGGCACAACGAAAACCCA